AACUCAGUGGAAGAAAUAACCACCAAAAAGGAUAAGGCAACUGAAGAUAUUAUAAUUAAAUGAUGUUUAUUUAGUGUAAUAGUUAAGAAAAAGUUAUUUAAGGGUUACAAUUUUGGCUGAAUCAGGUCUCAUUUGAAUAGACAGUGGUUGCAAUGGGUUCUUCUCAAUUCUCCGGGUUUCAGCCUUUGGACAGUGUCUUUACCUUUUCUAUGGCUACAUUGUUUGCUUCCUCUGUUGUUUUGCAAAGAACAAUAUUGAAAAAACCACGUUUCUUUACUACCAACCAUACCAUGAACCUAUUAUUUCGUCCUACAUUGUUUGCAUGGAAAAUUUUCUCAACGACUUCAAUCAUAACUGCUUCUACGUUUGCAUCUUCUUUUUGUAUACUAAUGGCACUAACGGGUUCUUAUACGCCAAGAGAAUUUGGAAUGUUCUUGCGUAAACAAUUAUCGUUCGCAAGAAUAAAGCCAAUCCCAAAUGACGUUGAAAAUCCUAACUGGAGUGAAGCUUAAAGCGCUAUGAAGACAAAGCAGUCUUACAAAAGACUAGAGCUAUUAGGUGGUUUAUUAGAGGUGUUUGAAGAAAAUCAUUCAGUUCUAACGUUCUUUAUAGCCUACGAUGGAAGUGAUGUUGUACAUUAGAAGGAAUAAAUUUGAAUUUUAUAUAAAAAAAGACACCUAACCAUUUUAGUUUUAAUACCUCUGUAAUUUCACAAAAGAUUGCAAU